CUACACGGUAACGGAAAAGCAAAAAUCUUGACAGAUUCACUCCUUCACAAAAGAGACAGGUAAGAGAUACUCACAAAAUAAAACAACAUAUUUGAUGUAUUGAAUACUGUAUACUUUUAUCAACAACUAAUUUGAGGGCUCAGUGUUAAUUUCCACUCCAUUUGGUAACCAUUCAUUUAUGAUUUCAGCAUUUGACAUAAAGUUAUUCAAGAACUGCUAUCUAUGCUGAGUUUUUAUCUUAUUCAUUAUUUAUUAGUGGCACAUUGUAUAGAAGUGAAUAUAAACUGCAACUGGUAUAUUUAAAUGUCAGAAUCUUUGCUCUCUGCAAUUUGGUAAAUAAAAACUUUGAACCUUGAACCAUCUAUCAAAUAUUUUAAGUCUGAUUGUUAGUCCAUUGAAAUGACUGUUCAGAGACCAAUCCUGUGUCUAGUCCUUUUAGAUUUAAAGGACUCACAAAAGAUGGAGACUUCACAGAGGUCUCCCGUUCUGUCAUCCUGUCUGAUCUCAAUAAUAGGUACAGUAGUUACCACUCAUAUAACAAAUGAGUGUUCAGCGUUUUCAGCAUGUUCUCGAAUUUGUGAUCUCUCGCUCUCUCUGUCGACAGUUGUGCUGAAUAUCAUCCUAUGGAUGUUUCUAAUGUCAGCAGUGGGAUUAGGGGCUAUGCACCUACAUGACUGCCCCUUACAGCCUUAUAUACCCAUCUACCUGCUGGUGAUCGGGGUGACGUCCAUCGCCUCCCUGCUCCUAUCCUACCUCAAUAACACACUGGAGACUGGCUUCCUGAGCCUACUGUGUUCCUCCUGCAUCUUCCUCCUCCAACUCUUUAACCUCGGCUGGUUCAUCACGGGUAGUGAGUGGGUGUACUCCAUAUAUCCCCCGAACUAUGACUCAAACGGUGGAGAGAAGUACUGUCAGAGAAAGAUAUACCUGUUUGCUUUCUGGUUCACCAGCCUGGGCAGCAUCUGUAUGGCUGUGGUGUUCUUCUGUGGAGUGUACUUCAUCUUCCUUACCUGUGUGAAAAUUGCAUUUAGGGGACACCAUUUACUCCAUUCACAUAAGAGAUCGUAUGGUGUGGACGCUUGAGAACUCUGUGGGACAGAAAGCUCACUAACAUUUGCUGUUCUCUGUGUGUGUGUGUGUGUGUGUGUGUGUGUGUGUGUGUGUGUGUGUGUGUGUGUGUGUGUGUGUGUGUGUGUGUGUGUGUGUGUGUGUGUGUGUGUGUGUGUGUGUGUGUGUGUGUGUGUGUGUGUGUGUGUGUGUGUGUGUGUGUGUAGUGGUGCCUGGAGAAGUGGGUAUACAAUAAUGUUCCCAAACAUUUUGUUUUCUUAAGAGAUUGUCAGUUGGAUAGCCUGAGUAUACUUUUGACCGAAUUUACUUUUUUUUUUAAUGUUUUCGGUGGGAUAAUUGGUAUUACCAAGAAUAAGUAUAAAAACUUUGGGAGUCAUACAAUUCUGAAGAGGUUUAUUCUACUUGUUAAAUUUAUGGGAAGAUUGCUCUGUUUAAUUAGAUCUGCUUUCAUAUUAUUGAGUAAUGGGAUGAAGUUAUAUUUUUAUAUUUGUUGUUUGUUGUCACUUAUUAGGCAUCCUAAAUAUUAAUCCACUUAAAGGAUUGCUUUAGAUCAUGAGUUAUUAUUUUAAUUUUUCCUAUUGCCAUUAUUUCUUUUUUUUAUUAAGUUAAUUUUAUAUCUUGAGAAUAUUUUUAGCAAGGGGGGCAUUAAGUUUUAAAUAUUGGUCAGGUAUAUGAGGAUAUCAUCUGCAAAUAAGUUUAUUUUAUUUUCAUGCAAACCAAUACUGAUACAUUUUCGUCCUCUCUAACUCUUUCUGCAAGCGGUUCAAUUGCUAGUGCAAACAGAAAGGGGGAGAGAGGACAUCCCGGUCUUGUGCCCCUUUCUAAAGCAAUUUCAUCCAAUAAUGUCUUAUUUGUGUAUAUAUUUGUUUUAGGACAUUUUUAUAAUAUUUUUAUUAAAUGUAUUAUUUCAGCUGGAAAGCUGAAAGCUUCCAAAGUUUUAAAUAGAAAAGGCCAUUCAAGACAGUCUAAAGCCUAUUCGGCAUCAACAACGAUUAUUGAUAAUUGCAUCUUGUUUUUUAGCGUACUGCAUUAAACUGAAACAUUUUAUUGUAUUUGCAAAUGUCUAUUUUUAAUAAACCCUGUUUGAUUGAUA